CGAAUAGAUCGAUCCAAAAACCUCACACAGAGAGACCUCUCCGGCUCUCGCUAACCCUCGCCGUCCGUCCGUCCGACUCCACGAUGCGGCUCGUCGCCGGUGCUUCUCCAUGAUUAACAACAAAUGGAGGAUUUUCUUAUGUAGGGUGCCUUUGUAUUUAUUCCUAAAGUCUGAAUGCUGCUGGCUGUCACUUUAACUGGCUGUUCGGAAUCUAAUAUUCCAUGGUGGAUCAGACAUGGAGGUUUCUCAAAGUUUCAUCACUAAGCUCCAUUGUAGCAUUUCUAAAGGUCUCCCUCAUGCAGUGCCAGUCUCUAUAUUUAGAACCGAUGAGCAUGAGCUGGUUCGAGGUGUCCUUCAAAUGCUUCAAGGUUUUGCCAGCUCUUUGUUUUAUUGGGAUAGGGAACAACACAGCUUUUUUGUAAAGCAUGGGAUAUUUGUAUCUCAUCUAUCACAGACAAGUUUGAGUAGCAUCCUGAACCAAUUUUUGUUUAUUGGGACAUGCUUGAAGAAAGUAGAAAUCUUUACCAAAAAGGUGAAGACCUCUAAUCAAAGAGCUCCCACAUUGGAGGCUUUUACUGAUUCUGUAUUUUUAUGGCUUAAGAGAUUGAGAGAUGUUGCUCUGACAGAAGAAAAGUUUGCUGGUUCGGACUCUGGAACAACAAUCACACUUCAAGGGCUGACUGAUUCCCUGUCAAGGCUUCUCUCUGGGGCUGAAUGUCUUUUCAAGAUAGUAUAUGGAGCAAUUCCAAGUGCUUACUUUGACACGCAAACACCUAUUCCUGCUAGUGAGAUUGCGGUUCAUAUUCUUGAUCAUCUUUUCGAGGAGUUGAAUAAAGUGUGCCUGAUACAAGAUGGCGAGGAAGAGCCUUACCAUAUGGUGCUGGCUAUUUUCGCUGGAAGUUUACUGCCGUACCUUAAGGGGCUUGACUCUUGGUUGUAUGAGGGAAUUCUUGAUGACCCUUAUGAGGAGAUGUUCUUUUCUGCCAAUGAUUCAGUUACCAUUGACCAACCAUCAUUUUGGGAGAGGAGUUAUCUUUUCCGUCCACGUAAAUGGAGACAGCCAACUUCUUCUGUUUCCGUAAUUCCCAACAUCGGAGAUAUGACAGUGGAAACCAGUGAUCAAAAGCAAUCUUCUCUAUCUGGUUCUGGGCAAGGGGGAGAUCAACUUGAUAUGGAUAUUGUUGUAUGUCCUUUGUUUUUGAAGGAGAUGGCUAGAGCCAUUGUAUCUGCUGGCAAAUCAUUGCAGUUGGUUCGACAUGUUACAAAUGAGCAUGCUGGAUUGUCCGAUAAAGCUCAAGACAAUAUUCUUAAUGAUUUCAGAGCAAUUAACUAUAAGAACAUUGGCCGUGCAUCUAUAGCACAAGGUGAACCUGGAAAUUCAUGUACUUCAAAAUUGAAAGAUGAAAGACUAGAGAAUGUCAAUUCUGGCGAAGGAAAUUAUUCCCACUUCCAUCUGAAUUCCCCCAUUUUGGAUGAAUUGACCUUGUCUGAGGUUUUCAUGUUAUGUUUAUCAGGUUUAAUAUGCGGUGAUACACAUGUGCAUGAUUAUUUUGAGAUGUCAUAUCCUGAAAUUGCAGAGAUCUGCAAAGCAUUUGUUGAUAAAACUGGGGAGAAUGCUCCAUCUUCUGUUAACUGUGAGAAAUCAUGGUUAAAGUUCUUGGCUGAUGUGAUAUCAAGAAUGAGCUUUGUAAGUGUAGAUAGAGAGAUUUAUUCUGGGCGAGUAACUAACCAAGAUUGGUCUGUUGGGGUGAAUACAAGAUGUGCAUCAAGACAUCAUAACCCAAUGUGCCCAGAUUUUAUAACUUCUUGCACAUCAGGAACUACUCUUAGUCAUUCAUUUUGCCCUGAAAGCCCUGUAAUAACUGUAUGUAGAGAAUUUCUGAAAAGGAAUAGCACUUCUUGGAACAAUCUGAACAUUUCUAGAAAUUUCCAUCUUCCACCACUAAAUGAUGAAAAGCUGCGAGAGACAAUUUUUGGUGAAAAAUGUAUUAAUGCAAGUGUUAGUAUGGAUUUAGUCCAACAGUGUGUGCUACCUAGACUCAGUGGAACAGACUAUACCUUUGGUUUCCAGUAUGGUGAAUUUGGACGGUUUCAUUUGGAGGAUGAAGCCAAGACUAUGGAGACCUUGUUUCCUUUCCCUACACUUCUUCCUUGCUUAGAGGAAGAUCUCCCUAUUUCCAAACUUCUUCCUUCCCAGAAAAAUAGCACUCUUGCUUCGAGUAUACUUAACUGGGUUCAGAAUAUCAAGCCCAAAGAGACACCACUUCCUGCAGUUAUUAUCCAGGAAUGCCUUACUGUGUAUAUAAAGAAACGGGUGGAUCAUGUUGGCAAGCACAUUUUGUCAAAGCUUAUGAGUGAUUGGAAAUUGAUUGAUGAACUUUGUGUGUUACGUGCCAUUUUCUUAUUGGGCUCAGGUGACCUGUUGCAGCAGUUCCUUAUAUUAAUUUUUAAUAAGCUAGAUAAAGGAGAGUCCUGGGAUGAUGAUUUUGAAUUGAAUACAAUACUACAGGAGUCAAUAAGAAACUCUGCUGAUUGGUCGCUUUUAAGUGCCUCAGAUUCUUUAGUAGUGUCAAUUGGAAAAGGUAACAGUUCUGAUGAUGAGGAUCAUGCAACUGGAAAUCUUUCAACUCCACGCAAAAUUCAAAACAGUUGCUUUGGUGUUGAUGCCCUUGAUGUACUAAAAUUUUCAUACAAGGUAGCCUGGCCUCUUGACCUGAUUGCAAAUACUGAGGCAAUUAACAAGUAUAAUCAGGUCAUGGGGUUUCUAUUGAAGGUUAAACGAGCAAAAUUUGUCCUUGACAAAGCCCGGAGGUGGAUGUGGAAGGGUAGGGGUGGCAUGACACACAAUUAUAAGCAUCACUUGUUAGUGGAGCAGAAGCUUCUCCAUUUUGUUGAUGCGUUUCACCAAUAUGUCAUGGACAGGGUAUUUCACAGUUCAUGGAUUGAACUUUGUAGUGGCAUGGCCACUGCAGGCUCCCUUGAUGAAGUUAUCGAAGUUCAUGAGGCGUACCUUUUGUCUGUUCAGAGACAAUGCUUUGUCGCCCCUGAUAAACUGUGGGCUUUAAUUGCGAGUCGAAUUAAAAGCAUUCUUGGAUUGGCACUUGAUUUCUAUUCCAUACAGCAAACCCUUAGUAGUGGUGGUGCAGCCCCCGCUAUUAAAGCAAGAUGUGAAAUGGAAGUAGACAGAAUUGAGAAACAGUUUGAUGAUUGCAUUGCCUUCCUAUUAAGAAUCCUUUCUUUCAAGCUAAAUGUGGGUCACUUUCCUCAUUUGGCAGAUUUGGUCACUCGAAUUAAUUACAAUUACUUCUACAUGUCAGACAAUGGUAACUUGCUUACAGUACCCAGCUUCGAGUCGUCUACCACUAAAUUAAGCAAGACACCAGCAACAAGAACUGAUUAAUUGUGCUUGUCCAGCAUGCAAUGCAAUACGUGUGUUGAAGCGAGGGAUUGGAGAAGGAUACAAAAGAAAAGGAACGUGAUGGAAGUAAAAGAAAAGUAACCUUUUCUUUUUUCAAUACUGUUUUAUUUCAUUUGGUUAUCUGUCUUGUUUUCUUUGGCUGAUCAAACACAUGAAAACUAUUUCCUUCUUCCAUUGUUUUCCUUGUUCAUUAUUUGUCAAAUGCAAAAACACACCCGUAAUCAUUCAGACCAUAAUUUUGUAUGCCCUUUUUUCACUGAUAUUUCAACUAUUGUAUUGUCUUGUGGACUGUCAACAAUACUAUGUCAUUCCAAAGAACAAAACACUGAUAUGAUACAAAACUUCUCUGUGACA